UAAAUUGGGAGGACAAAUUAUUGUAGUCUGUGAAAGGAAGACUUCAGAGCUAAGAAGUCAAUUGAGAUGAGAUUAUUUCCCUCUAACUUAAAACGACUCAGAUUAGCAUGUAGUGGUAUUAUCUCGUCUGUUUUACAUGGAAGUCCCAGAAGAAUGGCAUCCGUCGGAGUAUCUGAUCGCGGCAGUGGUCUACUUGGAAGAGGAGAAGGUGGUGGCGCCACUAGUUCCACCGCUGCUAGGCAGCGUUACUAUCACUGCUACAACUGCGACCGGACGGUGAAAAUUGUUGCUACUAAUCAACUAAUCUGUCCUAAUUGCAACGGCGUCGCUCUGGAAGAAUUGGGAACUAUUCCUCCUCCACCUCCAUUACCUCUCAGGUCCACCAGCUAUUUUAAUCCCUUCUUCCCUCCCUUCCACACCGCCGGCUUUGAAUCCGACUCCGACGGGGAAUCAGAGCUCUCCUGCCCUCUACCUCCCCCGCCGCCGCCAUUCUUCGCCACCAGCACUGACCACAGUUUCAGUUUCCCCGACCUUCUCCCUCCUCCUCCGCCUCCGCCUCCGCUUCCGCCGCGAUCACUGUCAAAUCGGUCCACCGUCUCUAUAAUCUCUGGCCUCGAAAUUGAUUUUUCCGAGCCUCUUUCGCCAGACAGAGCUCACAAUUUCCCAACCCCACCGCCACCGCCACCGCCGUUGCCUCCUAUUAUCUCCGACAGGAGAGUUCAUCGACUUCCUCCUCCUCCUCCUCCACCGCCGCCGCCGCCGCCACUACCUCGACCACGACAAUCAGCAGCUCACCAUAUUUCCCACCGCCUGCCACCGCCACCUCCUGCGCCGGAACCACCCGUGUACAAUCCCACCACCGUCGCUAUGAUAUCCGGUCUCGAAAUUGAUUUCUCCGACCCUCUUCUUGCUGAGGGAGAUCAAUAUUUCUCAACCCCGCCACCGCCACCCCUUCUGUCUACCAUCAACCCGAGCUCCGCCUCCACUAGGGAAAUCCACCUAUCAUAUCCUCUCCCACCACCGCCGCCGCCGCCGCAGGUGCAAUCCAUGAACAGAUGGGAUUAUUUUUUCCCUGCGAUGCCGGAGCCGCUCGUCCAGGCCGCUCGCAUGCCUGCAAUUAGCGUGAUGGAAGUGGAGGACGAGGAUAGAACGGUGUCACUGGAUACAAAGAAGAUAACUGAAGAAAUGUUGUUGGGCUGGGAGUGUCGCUCUCAAUGCGCGGUUUGUAUAGACAACUUUGAGGUGAAUCAAGUAGUAACGCAAAUGCCUUGAAAUAUUGAUGACUAUCGGGAUCUGAUCUAUCUUGGCUAAGCAAGUUUGUAUAUCUGCUCAAAUCUUCACUUGAACGUGGAGAUUAAGGGUUUCUUUUUGGAGGGUGAUCCAAGCUUCAUUUUUCUUUUCUGCUAAAUUUUCUCUGAAUUCAGAGCGAUGUCAGAAGGCACAACUUGCCUUGUCGGACAAUGUUGGUGAUUGAAGUCCGUUUUUUGCCUGAUCAAGUCUUGGUCAAGACUUCGAUGUUUUUUGGAGCUGUAAUGCUGGUGUUACCUGUCACGGAUGUGUAGCUGGAGAUAAAUUUCACUGGCAUUGGCUAUCAUUAUUAGCUGAGAUGGUCUUUGAUGGCAAACUAAGCUCCGUUGUUAAAAUUAUCUACCAGCAGAUAAUUACUGGCAAAGUGGCAGUGCACGGCGCUAGUAGUAUGACAACCUUCAUUUGAACUGCAAGAAUAGGAGGGGAGACACAGGCCCACGCGGUUAUUGCAAAUAAACAUGGGUUAGUUGACGGGGAAAGAAGUGAGUGAGAUGGAGGGAUCCAAGGACUGAAAUGGUUUUCUUCCUUGAAUUAUUGCCAUUAGAAUUGAGAAGUUUGAAGAAGCAGCAAGCCGAGAAAAAUUUUGCCUGUGACAACUUUUCAAUUCUUUCUAACCCAAUCAAGGUUGACUUGUUACCUUGCGCAGCCACCUCAACCUCAACGAACAGGCUGCUGGAACUUUGGUCCCUUUACAGUUUGUUUCACUUUGGCGGUGGUGCUUGGGUCAUGCCGGUGAGCUUACCGAGUUGGGACGCGAGUCACUUGGGUCUUAGAAAGAGUUUUGUGUGGUGGUCUUUAGUCUUUAAGACUGGGUCUGCAUUUGGCCUCUGAUAAUUAGUGACAUUUGACAACCUGACUUUAACCUAGGUGAUGGGAAGAUCCAUCAUGUGGUUCAAAGUCGCAGUUGUGAUCGUGGCCCGGACCGUUCUCACAUGGAUAUUGUUGACCAUGUCACUCGGACUCUUCCUGUAGCCGUGUCUGGAUCUCUAUUUUGCAUUAGAAUUGCCAUGUGGGUGGGAGUACUUGGCAGCCGAGUCCAAGUAACAUAGAUAGAUUGUUGAUACCUGAUGGUAUGAUAUAUUUCAACAGUAGUGUAUAUUGGGAAAAUCCUGAUGGCUGUAUCCGGCUAAAAAGAUGAUAUGAUGGAGGUUUCUACUGGAUAAUCUCUUCUUCUCACCCGUUUGCUCUAGUUCUGUUCUACAUGGAAAAACAAAAUCCAGCCCUCUUGUUUUGCGUACGUACAGUCGUAGAUUGCCACUGCUAUUUACCUGAUCAACAGUUAAAAAAAAAAAAAAA